AUGCGGCCCCCUCACGAAGUAUUUACGACUGUUAAACAAGACUCGAUCUUCAUUACUGGUCCGCGAAAAUUGGGCGCCGGCGCCGCUUUUACGAAACACUCGAGGCGCCCCGUCCCGCCCAACUUGGCCCAUGGUCUGUUCGGGAGGUCGUCCCUGAAGGGUUCCUCUUCCAACGGUUCUGGUGCCUCUGGUGUUCGCGAGGUGUUAUCUUGGGGGAUAAGUGAGGCUCGACUCCUGAUCGACUUCGUCACCAGAGCUGACACUGGCUUCUACAGGUGCCUGGCUACCAACGUCGUGGGGACUUCCAAACCAGUGAAAACAGCUGUCGUCGUCACUCAGGCACCAGAUCCGUUGGAAGAGGAACCCUUCAGGGACGACCUCCCGAACAGACCAUGGGCCAAGUUGGGCGGGACGGGGCGCCUCGAGUGUUUCGUAAAAGCGGCGCCGGCGCCCAAUUUUCGCUGGACCAUCAAUGAAGAUCGAGUCUUGUUUAAUAGUCGUAAAUACUUCGUGAGGGGGCCACAUAUGGACUACACGACGUAUACGUGUACUGCAUCGAAUUACAUGGGAACUUUGACCUCCAACCACACGCUCGGCCCUGCCAUUCCACCCCUCCAGGCAUAUAACCUCAGCGUCGUUAGCGUCAUGGGUACCACUGCUUUACUCACCUGGAUUCCACCGAGUCAAGGAACCACGCCCUCAGGAUAUACACUUAGAUAUCGGCCGCUACACGAUGAGGAAUAUCUACGUCAGAAUGUAGAAGGCCGCGGAACUACGACGGUGCAGAUCCAAGGACUGUCCCCCGGAGCCACGUACGAAUUUGCUAUCCGGACUUACAACAGCCAGGGUACUUCGGACUUCACGUCCCCUACGACAAAAGUCUCCAUACCGGGCGUGGUGGAAGAAGCAGCAAGUAGCAGCAGGCAACCUCGCAUGCCCCGUCUGACCCUUCUGCUAAUGUCCCUGACUGGGGCAGCCCUUUUGGUCCUAAACAUAUCCAUCAUUAUCUGCUUCAUCAGACGCUUCGCCACGAGCAGGAAUACUCCAGGUACUGUUUUGGGGACCUUCACUUUUCAUGAAAUGAAUACCCCAGGUACUGCUUUACCGUCAUUCACUUGGCAUGACAUGAAUACCCCUGCUUCUUCUAUAAAACUGCGAUGUUUCUGA